CUUGCAAGGGACAGCUCGGGGUGGCUUUACUUUUGUGUGGCCCUCCUCUUCCCAUCCACGGUCUGGAGGAGCUUGCUCACCUUUGCAGUGGGAAUUCUCUGGUGGAAACUAACAGGGAUGCCAAAGGAAAAAUAUGAUCCUCCAGAUCCUCGCAGAAUUUACACCAUCAUGUCAGCAGAAGAGGUAGCCAAUGGGAAGAAGUCACACUGGGCUGAAUUGGAGAUCUCAGGCAGGGUGCGGAGCUUGAGCACGUCGCUGUGGUCGCUGACGCACCUGACCGCCCUGCACCUCAACGACAACAACCUCACACGCAUUCCACCUGACAUUGCCAGGCUCCAGAACCUGCUUUACCUGGAUCUCUCCUCCAACAAACUCAGAAGUUUACCAGCAGAACUAGGAAACAUGGUGUCUCUCAGGGAAUUGCUUUUAAAUAACAAUCUGCUACGGGUUCUGCCUUACGAACUGGGACGGCUCUUCCAGCUCCAAACCCUGGGGCUGAAAGGCAAUCCUUUAUCACAAGAUAUUCUCAGCCUCUACCAGGACCCAGACGGAACUCGCAAGCUACUGAACUACAUGCUUGACAAUCUAGCAGUUCAUCCAGAGCAGCUGCCUCCAAGGCCAUGGAUCACUUUAAAAGAACGAGACCAAAUUCUGCCCUCAGCUUCAUUCACAGUUAUGUGUUACAAUGUCCUGUGUGACAAAUACGCCACCCGGCAGCUCUACGGCUACUGCCCCUCCUGGGCACUCAACUGGGAGUACAGGAAAAAGGGGAUCAUGGAAGAAAUUGUCAACUGUGAUGCAGAUAUCAUUAGUCUUCAGGAAGUGGAAACAGAGCAAUACUUCACCCUUUUUCUGCCAGCCCUGAAGGAGCGAGGCUACGACGGGUUCUUCUCUCCCAAGUCUCGUGCCAAAAUCAUGUCUGAGCAGGAGAAGAAGCAUGUGGAUGGCUGUGCAAUAUUCUUCAAAACUGAGAAAUUCACACUGGUGCAGAAGCACACUGUGGAGUUCAACCAGGUGGCCAUGGCUAACUCAGAAGGUUCUGAGGCCAUGCUGAACAGAGUGAUGACGAAGGACAACAUCGGAGUCGCCGUGGUGUUAGAGGUGCACAAGGAAUUGUUUGGAGCAAGUAUGAAAUCACUUCACGUGGACAAGCAGCUGCUCAUCGUGGCCAACGCCCACAUGCACUGGGACCCUGAGUACUCAGAUGUCAAACUCAUCCAGACCAUGAUGUUUGUCUCAGAGCUGAAGAACAUCCUUGAGAAAGCCUCCAGCAGGCCCAGCAGCCCAACAGCAGAUCCUAACUCUAUCCCUCUGGUGCUGUGUGCAGAUCUCAACUCAUUGCCUGAUUCAGGUGUGGUGGAAUACUUAAGCAACGGCAUCGUGGCAGACAACCACAAGGACUUCAAGGAGCUGCGGUACAACGAGUGUCUGAUGAACUUCAGCGGCAGCGGCAAGAACGGAGCCUCGGAGGGCAGGAUCACCCACGGCUUCCAGCUGAAGAGCGCCUACGAGAACAACCUGAUGCCUUACACCAAUUACACUUUUGAUUUCAAAGGUGUGAUUGACUACAUUUUCUAUUCCAACACUCACAUGAACGUGCUUGGUGUCCUGGGGCCUUUGGACCCUCAGUGGCUGGUUGACAACAACAUCACUGGGUGUCCACACCCUCACAUCCCUUCAGACCACUUCUCACUGUUAACACAACUAGAACUCCAUCCUCCUCUGCUGCCUCUUGUCAACGGCGUGCACUUGCCCAACCGGAGGUAGUGGAGCCCUGCCCCUGGGAGGGCAUGGACCUGUGCUUAUGGACCUGUACAGUUGUAAAUCAAAGUCUCUAGGAGUGAAGUAUGGCCAACCUUCAGCUGCUUCUUCAAGCUCCUUUUCCUUAUGUGUUUGAUAGGAGAUUUUUGCACAUUUUUGGUGCACAUUGGUAUCAUUUGGCACUAGGGCUGGAACCAAAGCAUUCUUAAUCCCUUUCCAGGUUUUUAAUUUAAUUGUGGUUUGUUGUUUUGGUUUUCUUUGUUUUGUUUUGUUUUUUUAACUGGCAAGCUUUGUCUUUUUAAGUAGGAACCUGCACUUAGAAAUGGACAAAUGAGAUCCAAAACUUAAC